AAAAUGGUUCUUUACGACGAAGACGGCAGAGUUGUGAUCGUACACGAGGAAUACCUAGAAGAAGAGGCAAGGCAAAGAUGCAUGCGUUCGAAAGACCCAUACACAGAUCCGAUUGAUGUGUGCAAGCAGAGGAACGGGCUAAAGACUACUAAAGAUGUGGAAAUCAUCGUUGACUCACAAAUCUUCAAAACCCUAUAUUGCGAAAAAAUGUCUAGCUGGGGCAGCGAUUUCGAAUAUAUAAAAGGGUUCAGGCAAGGAAAGGACAAGAAAUUGUCCAGACCUCUUUGCCGUGAGACUCUUAUACUGUGUUCGAGCUUUGCUAAGGACUAUUUUACGUAUAAUCCUAGCGACGACAAAUUGAAACUCCCGGUCUGCUAUCCACUAGUAAAAGGGUCCGACCAGGAUGACGAGCAACUGGCAUAUAUACGCGCCGAUGAGAUUGAAGCAUACAUUAUCCCAUGGCUCGACAAAGUGAAAGUAUACAUGAGCAGUCAAAAGAGCAAGGAUACCACCGAUGACAAUCAACCAAAAAGGUCCAAUCAGACUACAAACCAAAAGAUGAAAGCCUACCUAACAAACCCCAACGGCCCAAUCGCGAUGGAAAUCCCCCCAUCCCUCCUCGAAAAAAUCCACCUCUACAACUGCAUGCUCCAACUCGGCCUCCCCAAAUUCAUCCAAUCCCCACUCAUCAACGCCCUAAUCCUCCAACUCUACAAAACCAAGCUCUCCGCCUGCCACCUCGAUGCAAUCGAAAUAACAAUCUGCCGUCUCUACUCCCGCGGCAUCGCAAUCCUCGACCCAGUCAUCAACCACCUCGUCGGCACCUACUCCCUCCGCUCGCUGUCCGACCGCAACCACCCAAAACCUGCUGGGACCCGCAAGCGCAAGCGCAAACACUACGCCCUGCCUCAAACGGGCAAGCUAAAAGCAGACGACGUAGUACGAGUAGACGGUAGCCUGGAAAAUAAAUUCGAGCGCGAAGAGUUGCGUGCCGUCGAUUUCUCAGAGACAAACCGCCGAUACCUGAAAUUCACACGAUAUCAAGUACCUCGAGGCCGGCUUGGCACGGAUAACUGCUUGAUGCCGCCUAAAUUGCCCGUUCUGGGGCAUUGUAUUAGACAUUGGAGUGGGGUGAGAAGGCGUGGCGGGACGAGCGCGGCGCAUACUGGGUUACCGCUUAAUGUGGGGUGGGGGAAGAAGUAUGUGGGGAGGGGGGAUGAGGUGCUGGCUGAUGAGGGGGAUUGUGAGGUUGAAGGGGGAAAUCAGUUGGUUGGGUUGGAGUAUUUUCGGAAGAAUGGGCCGGGGUUGGGGGAUGGGGAGGGUGAGUAGGAAGAGGGGGGUGUGGUUGAGGAGGAGAUUCCACGCGAGCACGAGAUCCCACGUGAGAAAGAGAAG